AUGCUUUUGGAAAGGAGUCAUGUGGCAUUGGGCGACCAACUGACGGGCCUGCUCUUCUUGCAAUGGGACGCCAAUGUUCCCAACUCCAUCGACGUACAACCCAAGCUGGUCGUUAAAGUCGGUUGUCGGCAAAGUAUCAAAACCAGCAAAUGGUCUCUCAUGCUUGUUGUCGUUGAGGGCAAGGAGAAUGUCCUUCGUUCUAGCACGGAACGCAGCUCUCCAACUCCGAGCAUUGUCGCGGCGAGAUUUAUCCGAGUCUCUGGCCAUGAGCCGAGCCAACAUCCGUCCGCCCACCCAGUUCAUCGGCAGCUGUCCUCUCUCGAGAAAAGUCAGAUUGCGUCCCUUUCGGACAAUAGAGUUGCCUCGAAAGAUAUUCAGUCUCUUGUUCAGCAAAGAGGUUCUCUCGCAACUCGGAAAGACAUCUACAACCGGGUUGCUGACAUACGUCGAGACGCUUGCAAGGGCCAGAGUCCGAUUCACGCACUAGCAGACCAGCUUGAAAAGGAAGGCUUCUGGAGCCGGAUACAAUUUGCACCGGAUGGACGGGUUACAGCCGUUCUUUUCGCACAUCCCGACUCUUUGGCCUACCUUCGAGCCUACCCAGAACUCCUCCUCCUCGACUGCACGUACAAGACAAACAAGCACGGCAUGCCUCUUCUUGAUAUGAUUGGCGUCGAUGCGACACAGCGGUCAUUCUGUGUGGCAUUUGCAUUCCUAAGCGGCGAGGCAGAGGAAGACUAUGCAUGGGCGCUUGAGCAGUUGAGAUCACUGUACGAACAAUGUGGCAUUACACCCCCAUCUGUUAUUUUAACAGAUCGCUGUCUUGCGGCGAUGAAUGCGGCUUCAAAUCUAUUUCCUUCUGCCGCUAUACUCCUCUGCCUUUGGCAUGCAAACAAGGCAGUCUUAGCUCGAUGUCAACCCAAGUUCCCAGAGGCUGAGGAGUGGAAGGAAUUCAACGAGUUCUGGCACUCGAUCAUUGGCUCACCGACGGAAGAUGAGUAUGCCAAGCGACUAGUCGAGUUUCAGCAGAGAUAUACCCCUGAGCACCUCGAUGAAGUGGGGUAUAUCAACGCUACAUGGCUUAACCCUUUCAAGGAGAAGCUUGUCCGCGCGUGGGUCGACCAGUCAAGUCAUUUUGGCAACACGGCUACCUCACGAGUGGAAGGUAUCCAUGCCCUCCUCAAGUCUUAUUUGAGAAGGUCGACACUCGACCUCUUCGAAGCUUGGAAAGCAAUUCGGCUUGCUGUUCUCAACCAACUAUCAGAGCUACAAGCACGUCAAGCAUCACAACAGACUCGAACUCCUCUCGAGCUUUCAGGAGCUUUAUACGGCGCUGUCCGAGGCUAG